AUGAGUGCUUCGAGGUUCAUUAAGUGUGUUACCGUCGGAGAUGGCGCCGUCGGAAAAACUUGCAUGCUGAUUUCUUACACAAGCAACACUUUCCCCACAGACUAUGUACCAACUGUUUUCGACAACUUCAGUGCUAAUGUGGUUGUAGAUGGGAACACAGUCAAUCUUGGAUUGUGGGACACAGCUGGUCAAGAAGACUACAACAGGUUAAGACCUCUGAGUUACCGUGGAGCCGAUGUUUUCAUUCUUGCUUUCUCUCUGAUCAGCAAGGCUAGCUAUGAGAAUAUUGCCAAAAAGUGGAUUCCUGAGCUCAGGCAUUAUGCUCCUGGUGUUCCCAUUAUCCUCGUUGGAACAAAACUUGACCUUCGAGAUGACAAGCAAUUCUUCAUAGAUCAUCCUGGUGCAGUGCCAAUUACUACAAACCAGGGAGAGGAACUGAAGAAGCUAAUUGGAUCUGCGGUCUACAUUGAAUGUAGUUCAAAGACACAGCAGAACGUGAAGGCCGUGUUUGAUGCAGCCAUAAAAGUGGUUCUCCAGCCACCAAAGCAGAAGAAGAAGAAAAAGAACAAGAACCGUUGCGCGUUCUUGUGA